CGUCGCCGGAGGAACCGCUCGAUACUCAACGCACACGGCACACCGGCGACCCUACACGGCCCUCCCCCGCACCGGCGACCCUGCACGGCCCUCCCCCGCACCGGCGACGCUCGAUCUGCUCGUCCAACCGCUCCUGCGCGGCCCGCCUCUACCUGCGACGGCCACCCUGCGCCCUCCCCUCAGCCUUCUCCCACCAGCGCCGACGCCCUGCGCGGCCCUCCCCUCACCGGCGACGGCCGGCCUCCCCCCACCGGCGCCACCGCCCCUGCGGGCCACCACGGACAACGCGCAGGGCUCCCCAAGGCGAUUUCCCUGCAGUAGCGCGUCUGCAGGGACGGCGCGCGGGCUCUGACCACCGCCUGCCCUCCGGCGUCCACCUUCUUCAGCCCGAGCGCCAUCCCCUCUUGCCAUUCCUCCAUUCCGGUGUUCUCUCAUGCAUCCACUUGAGAUCCCCGAAGGGUAAUGUUUGCAUGUUUUGGUGGUAUUUAACGGGGGCGAGCGCUUUUGAUGGUAUUUUACGGAAAGUCGUGAUCUGUCGAUGCUGCAGAACCAAUUUUCCCCUUGUUGACUAGGGUUCUUUGCGUUGCCUAUGGUGGGGGGUUUGCCUAUUUAGCAGGCAAUACAAUAGCGUGAGUCAGACAGUCAGUGAUUGAACUGCAAGUUUGGAUCUUUCUUGCAUCAAAUGGUAGAGCAAGGCAAAGCACGAGGCGCUCCGACGAAGGCAAAGAAAUCGCUGCUCGUGGAGGCUGAUGAGAUUGGCCAGGUGAGCGGAGUGGUGUUUGCAAGAGAAUCACCACUGGCGCGCAAGAACGACCAAGGAUGCAGCGUCAGCCAUAGUCAUGGGGAUGAUGAAACGAAGGAAUCAGAUGGGGGUGUGCAAAAUGGGUGGGUUGAUUUUGGGCAUUCGCUGCAGCUGCUGCUGUUCUCACGGCAGUGGUCUCUCGCUGAGAGUCUUGUUGCUCUAGCAGAUCAGCAGUCACUGCUGGAUUAUGGCCUGUCAGCCGCCCUUGAUGCCAUAUGGUUCUUGCGGACGAAGCAGGAUCUUGAGGGGCUCAAUUGUCUGAUAGCGAAGAUUGUGGCUUCGGGAGCAAAGGAUUUUGCAAGAGCAAUCCUCCGGACGUCACUGCUUGCAUCUUGUGUUGCAGCUUGCCAAAGCAAGGCUAUCUCUGUGGUUGAUAGCAAGGAGAUCGUCGCCGAUAGAUUGCAUGAUCGUCUGCGGGAUUGUCCUGGUGCCGACCAUCUGAAAGUUGAGGCAGGUGCCAAAGUGCAGAAGUUUAUGGAAUGGGCUUUGCAGUGUAUCCAUAUGCAUCAUUGUUCUGAAGAGACACAAAGGUACAGAUGGAACUGCGACACUCUCCAAGAGGUACAGCUCCAUUUGUCAGCAUUUAGAGUCUUUUUGGACAUAGCUGGUGACAAUCUCAGUGGCAAGAUUUUCACUGAGGCAUUUGAUGCGGCCUGCUUCCCACUUACACUCUUCUCAAGUUUAUUUGAACCUGGAUGGUCUUCUGGGAGUUCAGCAGUCUCCAUUAAGGGUCUUUUAUCAUUGCUGGUGGAAGGAAGCGCUGAUAAUGUAAAUCAGUGCUUCCUGGAAGCAGCGCGCUUUGGAAGUACUGAGCUUGUACGCAUUCUGUUGGAGAUUGCAUACCAGAACAACUUGGCUGUGGACAUUGACCUGGCUCUAGUGUUUGCUUCUCAUUACUGCAAGUUGGACACAAUGGCAUGCUUGGUUGAUGAAGGGAAUGCAUCCUCUUUCCUUGGUCCUCUGAUAAAAGCUGCUGAGCGUGGGUGCUUGCAGGUCGUCCACUGGUUUGCCUGUAGAGGUGUUUCUGAGAUUGAGAUGUGCCUCGCCCUCACAACCGCUGCCUCCAGUGGCCAUUUCACAGUGGCAUCCUACCUACUUGAACAGAUCCCGCAGCAGAUCCUCGAAGCUCUCAGCACACAGAUCCUGAAGGCCGCCCGUGGCCAGGGCAGCGGGUCGUUCGAUGGCGUCUCCUUCCUUCUGAGGUCCAACUUCCUAAGAGAUGCUGCCACAACAUACGAGGCGGCGGACCUCAUCGCGAGGGGGGCCACCAACGGUGAGCCCCAUGACCUGGUCGCCUUCCUGAAAGAGCACUGGUCCCAGGCCGCCUUCACCGAAGGGUUGAGUGCUGGCGAGGCUCAUUUCGUGAAUGUCAUGAGGGUCUUCAGGAGAGGCGCGUCCCCAGUCUGCCUGAACGACCUCCCGUCGCAGAUGGUGCUCGGCAUCGCCUACCUGCCGCUGUACCGGGCUUGUGUGAGCGAGGCAGGUGGGCAGCUGCUACCUCAGAGACUGAGGGGUGAGCUGGUGGAGGCGAUGAACCGGCUCGGGGAGCCGGCUGGCGUGGAGAGCCAGGGGAAGGAUCUGGUGAUGGCUCUGGAGCGCCACAUGCCGUCCUUCUUGAUUGGGUCUUGAGAGGUUUACCAAGUGUAAAUAACCUUAAUAAACAUCUUAUUAAGUGGUGUAAGAGUGUAAAAUGCAGUGUGUACUGUGUAGCUGCCAAACUCCCAGUCUUCCAGUGGGACAGGUAGCAAUAGUUUUGGUGCGUUACUGGUUUCAUGGUCGUGUACAAAGUGUUUUUGUAAGAAGUUUGUCUAUCGAUUGCCUGUUGAAGGGGGGCAGCAGCGUGCGUUUAUAUAUC